CCCCGGCUCUCAGCCCCGCGCGCUGCUGCCAGUACCGCCAGCUCCGGGCUAUGGACACCCCGGCGACCCCGGCGCCGCCCGCCGCCCCGGGCCCUGGGAGGAAGGAGCUGAAGAUCGUGAUCGUGGGCGACGGCGGCUGCGGCAAGACUUCGCUGCUCAUGGUGUACAGCCAGGGCUCCUUCCCCGAGCGCUACGCCCCAUCCGUGUUCGAGAAGUACACGGCCAGCGUCACGGUGGGCAACAAGGAGGUGACCCUGAACCUCUACGACACCGCCGGGCAGGAAGACUACGACCGGCUGCGGCCCCUGUCCUACCAGAACACCCACCUGGUGCUCAUCUGCUAUGACGUCAUGAACCCCACCAGCUAUGACAACGUCCUCAUCAAGUGGUUCCCCGAGGUCACGCAUUUCUGCCGUGGGACCCCCAUGGUGCUCAUCGGCUGCAAGACGGACCUGAGGAAGGACAAGGAGCAGCUGCGGAAGCUGCGGGCGGCCCAGCUGGAGCCCAUCACCUACACGCAGGGCCUGAACACCUGCCAGCAGAUGCAAGCCGCCCUCUACCUGGAAUGUUCCGCCAAGUUUCGGGAGAACGUGGAGGACGUCUUCCGAGAGGCCGCCAAGGUGGCCCUCAGCGCCCUGAAGAAAGCGCAGCGGCAGAAACACCCCCGGCGGUGCCUGCUGCUCUGACCCCUCGGGGCGGGCACUCAGCCCUCAGAACAGGACUGACAGGGCCCAGCCCAUCUACUCCCCGGGACCCUGCCCACCCCCAGCUCACGAAGGCACUCGGAGUUGUGUCUGGAGCCUGUGCCAAGACUCUUUGGAUGGUCUGGAACUUUCUCCUUUCCCAGCUGGGUUCUGACCAGGAACUCGAGCUGCGGCCUGUGUGGUGGUGGGCAAGGGUGCCAACUCGGGCCCUGUGCCCUGGAACUGGCAUUUGUCCCCAGGACUCUGGUGUGCCCUCUUUGCACUCUCCCCCUAGCCACGUGUCCCCCUUCAAACACCCAGUAGAUCCUCAAAGUCUGUGCUUGAAACAACCAACUACACUGGUCCGUGGGCCACUGUGGAUCUGGCAGCGCCCCGCGGCCCUGGGCUGGGGAGAUAGGCAGGGCUGCAUCCUCCGGUCUCGCUUCCUUCCCCCGGGAGCACCGAGCCACGAUGGGACCAGGCCUAUCAGGAGAACGCAGCCCCGGACACGACACAGACACAGGAAUUGCAUCGCCCCCACCCACUCUACGCAGAGGACUUCAGUGGUAGCCUUUGGCGUGGCCGUCUGCCCAGAUCCGGGUGCACAUGACCAGGGGGAGAAGAGACUCAGAAAGCAGAGCAAACACCGUGGACCACCCAUCCGACUCCUGCCCGGGGUUUCCUCACCUGCAGCCCCCACUGCCGGAAACUCAGAUGAAGUGACAGCAGCUCCUGAUCGUGGGCAGGCCAGUCCUGAGACUGUGUCCCUGUCUGCAAAGGAGUCGUCUAGCCCCCCCUGCCCCUCACAGCCCCCACUGCUGGGGGAUGUGUUCCAGAGCCGAGGCCACCCUGGCCUCCUUCAAGAUCGGACUUGACUGACCGACCCCCAGCCACAGAUUCACGGAACUGCCUUCUGGAAGGUCUGGGUUCAGGGACCCAGGAAUUUUUUAAAAGUGCCCCAGGGGAUUCCAAGUACCCCAGAGACUGACAGCUGCUUGGUCCUGAGCUCACUCUGGAGUCAGCGCUACCGAAGGUGGGGUGAUGGCUCCAGGUGGCUCCUGCUCCCCCGGUAUCUCUGCCUCCGUACCCUGUGCCCAGUGCUGUGCCUAAGCCUGAGCUUCUCUGAAGUCACCUGCUAGGGCAAGACCUCUCAGCCCACCGCACCCCACCUAGGUUCCUGGAGGCCCCUCCAUGGGGACUCACCAGAGCCUUCAGACCAAGGACCUCUGGUUCCAGCAGAGUCCAGGGCCUCGUGGACAAAUGAGGGUCUAGAACAGAGGUCAGCGAACUAUGGCCUGUGAGCCAAAUCCGGCUGCUGUGUGUUUUUGUAAAUAAAGUUUUAUUGGAACACA